ACCCAUUCCAAUGCAACCAAAGCAAUCACAGUGCCUGUGUUUUUUGUCUGCGCUUUUAAGCUAUUGAAUUCUUGCUAAUUUGCACUGUUUCGAUCUUUUCUUUCUUGUGAAGAUCCUCCUUUUAUUCUUCGAAUUUUGAUAUUUGUUUUUAACAAUGGCUACAACGGAAGCUGUUGAAGAACCAGUGCCCGUGGAGGCUACUGCCAAUGAGGAUGCAAAGCCCACGGAAGAAAAGCCUGCCAAGGAGAAAAAACCUAAAACGCCAAAGGAAAAGAAGCCUCGCGCUGCCAAGGGUUCGAAACCUCCGGCCGCUCAUCCUCCUUAUGUACAGAUGAUCGCAGAAGCAAUUACAGCACUCAAGGAGCGCGGUGGCUCAAGCCCUUACGCAAUUGCGAAAUUUCUCGGCGACAAGUAUAAAGCCGAUCUGCCUCCAAAUUUCAAGAAACAGCUCAAUGUGCAGCUGAAAAAUCUGACGAAAUCCGGCAAGCUGACGAAAGUAAAGGCCUCGUAUAAGCUUACGGCUCCCAAAGCCCCUGCAGCUCCAAAGCCUAAGAAGGAGAAGAAGACUGUGGCCAAGAAGAAGGCCCCCAAGCCUAAGGUUCCCGCCGCUAAGCCCAAAGCACCUGCCGCUAAGGCCGCUAAACCUAAAGCUGCGAAGAAAGCGGCUCCUGCUAAGCCUGCCGCUCCUGCUCCCCCAAAGAAGGAAGAGAAACCAGCCGCUGCAGCUCCCAAGAAGGCGGCACCUGCCGCUAAGCCCAAGAAACCGGCCGCUAAGCCUAAAAAGGCUGCAACUCCAAAGAAGCCAGCGCCCAAGCCUAAGCCGGCUAAGAAAGCCGCUACACCUAAGAAGAAAGCAGGACGCCCUGCAAAGAAGGCUAAAAAAUAAAAUUGAAGAAAAUUGAUUAAAGCCUGGGCAUUGUACAAUACUCUUUUUUUUCUCUUUUCGUCUUUUUUUGUCUGAAUUUGUAAGCUUGUUCUCAGGGACACAACUUUUUAUGUUAAUCAUAAUUUCGAUCUAUUUGUGUGUAA